GGAGGAUGUGAGUGGAGGAUGUGAGUGGCCAUCCGUAAGUAUCCAUGGUGGACGGCGGCGGCUGGCAGGGAGGGUGAGAAAAGGGAUUUUCCCAUCUCACUCCAUUUCACUCUACUCUACUAGCACUCUAGAGUACGGGGACUUUGCUCUUCCUUGUCCACCGUCUCGUCGCUGUGGAGACUUCUCUCACUUCCACUUCCUUCUUGCGUCGGGGGCGAUGGCGAUUGCUGCCUUCUCUGGAGAUUGGGGACGAUGGGGGUGGUGCUUGGCUGGGCGCUCUGGUUGCUGUGGUUGCGAUUUGCGUGGUUGCUUGGCUUCUUGGCUGCUGGGCUGCUGCUGGUCGCUUGCUUCCUCGCAACGAUCAUCGUCUCUCGUCGUUCCUCCCCACGGCGAACCGCAACGAUACUCCAUAUCAAGUAUCCACUCGCUCACGGUCCUUAUCCUCACCCCGGGGAGCCAGACGCGCUCUGGAGUGCAGCUCCAUCUGGGGCUGCACACACCCACACACACACACCACCACCACCAUCAUCAUCAGCAGCAGCAGCAUCAGCAUCAUCGUCAGCAUCACCACCACCUCCACAACCACCACCACCCACCACCACCUACCACCACCACCAACUACCCUCCUUGUAUCGAACUCCGUACCAGGAACAGCCAAUAAGUCGUGCCUCACCACCAUUACGAGUUACAGACUCAAGGUGAGGCACCACUUAACCUUACACUCGAGCACUCUUCUAGAGCUUCUACCCUAUCGAUGUGCCUGCGUGGAUACGGUAGUGCAAUUCAGCCUGCUCUCGC